CCCACCAGUGUUCUUAGGGUGGUUUUCAUUGGAGAGGCAGGCGUGGAUACAGGAGCACUUAGGAAAGAGUUUUUGAGUGACAUGAUUUCAGGUAUUGAAAGCAGAUUCUUUGAAGGACCUGAGAACAAGGGCAAAAACCCCAAGUAUUCUCUGACCGAUCUUGAUAAUGAAAACUUCAGAACUGUUGGUGAAAUAAUUGCAGUCAGCCUCGCCCAAGGAGGCCCAUCUCCUGCCUUUUUCAAAGAAUGGUGCUACAAUUUCCUCUGCUCAGGAGAGGUUGAUUUCAGCUGUCUGUCUAAGGAGGAUGUUGCAGAUGUGGAAUCUUCCCUGCUCAUCAGCAAAGUUGAAGAUGCAGCAGACAUACAGUCUCUGAUGUUGUGGGCUGAUGAAAUUGUCACCUGUGGAUACACAAACCAGAUAAAGAUGGAUAGUAAGGAAAGCAUGAUACGUGCCAUUGUCUUACACUCUACAACAAGACUGAUUCCAAUGCUACAGCAGCUCAGAAAGGGCAUGGAACUGUAUGGUCUUGUGAACCUGAUGGCUGUAAAUCCUGAAGCUUGCCACAGUUUGUUUGUGCCUGGGAAAAUCCUCAAACCAGACGCUGAUUUCAUUAUGAUGAGCUGCCAACCACAUUUCAGUGAAAAGGGGACAUCUAGGGAGAGAACUGAGAGGAAGAUCAUAAAUUUUUUGCAAGAUUUCUUGCAGGAGAUUGAAGCAUCAGGGCACUAG